AUGAGCGAGCAUAAUCGAGUUUUUAUCGGAGGUGCAUUUGUCGCUGGCGUCUUGGUGACGAUUGCAUUAAAAGAACUCCACCGCCAGCAAUUUGGGACCGCGCCCACAAAUCAGACAAGGCAGUCGAACCUUUCCUCCCAUGAUGAAGAUCUUUUGAACUCGGUCCGAUCAGGGCCUCCUGCUAUUGUCGAAGGAGUAGAAGGAUGUAUCGGAAACACCCCGCUUUUCCGAAUAAAAUCACUGUCCGACGAAACUGGUUGUGAGAUCCUCGCAAAGGCCGAGUACCUCAAUGGAGCAGGCGGCAGUCCCAAGGAUCGUGUGGCGUUAAGCAUGAUUGAAACAGCUGAAGAAGACGGCUCUUUGAGGCCGUAUUCUGGAGAUGUAAUUUACGAAGGCACGUCUGGAUCCACUGGUAUUUCCCUGGCUACACUUGCUCGUGCUCGCGGCUAUCUUGCACAUAUUUGCAUGCCGUCCGAUCAAGCCAUGGAAAAAUCAGACCUACUUCUUAAACUCGGAGCAGUGGUGGACCGCGUACCCCCAGCACCGAUUGUUGAACCAGGCAAUUUUGUUAAUAGAGCACGAGCUCUCGCUCAAGCUCGGACGAACUCCAACAUAGAGUCACCGGACAAAGGAUCCGUUGCUGGUUCUAGUCAAUUGACAAGUACAAACCCUACAUCAGAAGCAGGUGCCAUGACAGGCCGAGGACUAUUCACCGACCAAUUCGAAAAUAUUGCUAAUUUCGCGGCACAUCACAACGGCACCGGGCCUGAGAUAUACGCCCAAUGCGGCGGAAAACUGGACGCGUUUAUUUCAGGCGCAGGAACUGGCGGAACCAUAUCCGGUGUUGCACGUUUUCUCAAACCGAGACUUCCGAAUAUCUCCAUUGUCCUUGCUGACCCGCAAGGAAGCGGGCUGUACAACAAAGUCCGUUAUGGGGUCAUGUUUGAUGUCAAAGAACGCGAAGGCACACGUCGGCGACCACAGGUCGAUUCCAUUGUCGAGGGCAUUGGGAUUAAUCGAGUGACUGCCAAUUUCGAGGCUGGGAGGGAACUGAUUGACGACGCGGUACGAGUCACGGAUGUGCAGGCCUUAGCCAUGGCGCGGUGGCUUGUGGAAAAAGACGGGAUAUUUAUCGGAAGUAGUAGUGCAGUAAACUGCUUCGCUGCGGUGAAGACUGCCCUGAAACUAGGUCCUGGGCACCGCAUUGUGACUGUCCUGACGGAUUCCGGGACAAGACAUUUGUCCAAAUUCUGGGCUCAAGCUGGAAACGUGGGCGGUACAGUUGAUACGAAACUGGAAGAUGUCCUCAAUGCAACGGAUAGCACAUGA